GGUACUAUCUUGUCGCAACCCUUCCCUUCCAGACUUUGCAUGUAGAGGCGAAUGACGAUGUCCAUCUGAGGCGGCGGAGCUACAGGGGGGCGACCGUUGCGAUUCUCCAUUCUGUAUUACCAUUCUUAGACAGAAUGGACACGUUACCUCCUGAAAUGGUGGAGAAAAUCAGCUUCUACCUCACUGCUCAGGACUUGGUUUCGUGUUACUCCGUCAGUCGAGUCUGGAGAACCAUUUUCAACCAAGACUCGUUGUGGAAGCCACACUGCCACCAAAACUUUGAGGAGUAUCUACGGACUACCCCUUGUAUCACGAAACCACCUUUCAUGAUCCCCGAGACAGAGUCCAGCGGUCUAAGUCCUGCGUGCCAGUGGCGGCUGGCCUACAUGCGGGAGGGACGCCUCUGGAAAAAUUGGCGCACAGGGAACUGCAAGUUAUACAAGAUCAUGUCAUCUGCUGAUAGGUACAAUACAACGGGGAUUGACUACAUUAUACAAGAAUUUGAAGACAAUGCAGCAUUUUUUAAGAAUGAUGACUCUGGAGCCAAUAUUCAGGUAGAAAGUACAACGGAUUCUAGAGAAUCUGGCUUUUUUUAAAGAACACUACGUAGCAUCUGUUUUUCGGGAUUGCAUUGAACUUUACGACAUGAGAGUACAUCCACCUGAAAUAAUUGCUGCAACGGAUCUAUACCUUCCUCGGUGUGUGGCACACAGAUUUAAGUGUGUGUCGGAAAAGACUCUGGCAUAAUGGUCUUUAACUACAAAAAUGGCGUUCAAGUAUUUGGGAUGAACAACGCUUCAACGAAACUCGUUAAGAAACAUAUUUUCUAUUUUGACGAUUCUGAAAAACUACCUGGCUACUCAAUAGAAGUAGCAAAGGAAAUGUUUAAACUCGAUACCACAGAUGGCGCCAGUGGCUUCUCUAUUGCUAUUGUAGGACAAAUCUUGAUGGGUGUUGCUAAAUCGGGAAAAGGUCACUCACGUUUACACGUUUGGGAUUUGGAAAGUGGUGAGAAACUAAAAGAGGAGGUCAGUCCGAUAGAAGACACGAGGAUUAUUAGCGUGAAGAGGUAUGAAACAAGUGAAGAUGUCAUUGUUGUUUGUGAAACCAUCAAGUCAGAGGGCGAUAUGCUACAAGAACUCGACGAAAAAUAUCUCUGUUGUAUUUAUAGUCCAGAAAAGUUGAAAUUUUAUCCAUACAUUACAACUGAUCUCACCAAAGGCAUGAUAUGUGGCAUGAAUGGGCGGCGACUAUUACUUUAUGAUGGGGAGAAGCUUACUGUCGUAGAUUAUAGAAAACCAAAUGAAAUUUUUACAGAGUCACUUAGUGGUAUCUCAGAAAUUCAUGGAACUGAAAUUGGAAUCGUAUUCAGGUAUCAUCGUAGGCGUCAGGAAAUACAUGUUUUCAAUACUUUUACCUUUAAAUUUCAAAUAUUUCACCAUCCAUACUUGAUAUAUUUGGAACCUUUGUGUGGAAACUUUUUACUAAUGAACUUUGGUAAUCAUUUAUUUCCAAGUGCAAUCUGGGAAAUAGGCGUAGGGUUUGUACAAACCGAGCAACUUCCUUUGGGAAAGAAUGCAGUGAAAGCAAACAAAACUUGUACAAGAAUAGUGUACAAGAAGAACGAGAUUCAGGGACUUUACACUUUUAGAGAAGGUUGUUACUGGUAGACUAGAGCAUAAUGCACACGCCACCUAAUUAGUUUUCUUAAUAGUGUUGAUAAUCAUAAAUAAAGCUUUUUAGUGAAAGUGAAAUGGGGGAAUAAAUUUGACUUGGGAACACCGGUAGGGAAGUCAUAUUACAGUUCUAGUAGUUUCAUAACUAUAAAAUGGCAGUUACAGUGACAUAAUUGUGAUUUAGUACAAAUUAUAGUAAUAUGAAAACCUAGUAAUAGCUAUAGUCAUGUAAGAAUGUUUUACUUACUUACUGUGUUAUAAUGUGUGUGGUAAUAUGUGGCUAGUCUAUUUUAAGUGUAUUUAUCGAUUAUUUUACAUUUUAAACUUUUAAUUAUUUAAAAAUAUUUAUUAACCUCAAUAAAUUUUGAUUUUUAAGUAUAGUAUA